CCAGGUGAAGGCUUAGGUAUGUGGGGGGAGGUGGGGCACCUAGCCUCUCUCUCUCUCUCUCUCUCUCUCUCUCUCUCUCUCUCUCUCUCUGGGACUGGGGCCUAGGCCUGCCAUGCUGGGGAGGCUGCUUCUCCCGAACACGGCUGCAUCUGCCCAGACAGAACAUUAGUCCAGGCUGGACGCCCCCGCUUUUGGAGCACGAUGACCAGCCCAGCAGGGCCCAUUGCAGCCCCCAAGCCCAGCGCCAAGUCCAUCUAUGAGCAAAGGAAGAGGUACUCCACAGUGGUCAUGGCGGAUGUGUCCCAGUACGCGGUCAACCACCUGGUGACCUUCUGCUUGGGGGAGGAGGACGGAGUCCACACCGUGGAGGACGCCUCGAGAAAGCUUUCCGCCAUGGACGCCCAGGGUCGCAUCUGGGCCCAGGAGAUGCUGUUGCAAGUGUCCACGGGGCACGUGAAGCUUCUGGAUGUGGACUCCAAGGAAGAGCUAGAGUCCUAUGCCUUGAACUCCAUUCUUCGAUGUGAGGCUGUAUUCCCCCCGGGCCAGACACAAGCCCUGCUCCUCCUGGUGUGUCAGGAGCCCGAGCGGCCCCAGCCUGAUGUCCACUACUUCCAGGGCCUCCGAGUUGGGGCACAGCUGAUCCAGGAGGACAUCAGUGGGGCCCUGCAAGCCCAGCGAUCGGGCAGCGGAGAUCAGCGAGCCGCAGCCCUGAGGGCCACCCAGGAGGAGCUGAACCGCACCCCCAGCCCUGGGCCUGUGGACGCCCCCUUCCAACGUCGGCCUUCAACCCGCGUGGCCAUCGCCCCCCGGGAACGCCUGCUGGGACCACGGGCCAAGGAAGAGGCAGCCGUCCCCGAGGAGGAGGAAGGUACCCAGAGGCCAGCCCUGGAGCUGGAGAGCCUGGAAGCUGAGCGGAACGUGGACAUCUUGAACCACAUCCUGGAUGACGUGGAGAGCUUUGUGGCCAAGCUGCAGAAGUCCGCCGAGGCUUCCCGGGUCCUGGAGCAUCGGGAGCGGGGCCGAAGGGUGCGCCGGAGAGCUUCGGGAGAGGGGCUCCUGACCCUUCGGGCAAAGCCUCCCACAGAGGAGGAGUACACAGACAUUUUGCAGAAAAUCAAGUAUUCCUUCAGCCUGCUGGCCCGCCUCCGCUCCAACAUCACAGACCCCUCCGCCCCAGAGCUGCUUCACUUCCUGCUGGGUCCGCUGCAGAUGGUGGUGGAUACGACCGGAGGCCCCGGCUUUGCCCAGACCGUGCAGCAGCCUCGCCUAACGGCGGAGGCCGUAGCUCUCCUGAAAGAGAGUCUGACAGCCCGAGAGGUCGAGCUCUGGACUUCGCUGGGAGACGCUUGGACCAAGGACCGGCUUGAACUUCCCCCGGAGGACGGCACCCCCUACACUCCGGUUUUCUAUAGUGGCUGGGAACCAGCCCCCACUACCCCCGGGGGCCAGCCCUGGGAGGAUCCCGUGGAGGGACAGCACAGGCAUGAGAGACGGCGGUGGCAGCAAUCAGCCCCACAGAUCGAGGUCAAUGGUCACACAGAACCAGACUCAGAGCUGGAGCCAGGACCAGGGCUGGAGCCUGAGCCCAGGGUCCCAGGGAAGUGGGUUCUCUGUAACUACGACUUCCAGGCCCGGAAUGGCAGUGAGCUCUCUGUCCGUCGAGGGGACCUGCUGGAGGUCCUAGAUGAUGCCCGGAAAUGGUGGAAGGUUCGGGACCUUCAGGGACAGCAGGGUUAUGUCCCCUACAACAUCCUCACCCCACACCUGGGGCCUCCAAGCCGAAAACCCAGCCCUGCCAGGGCACUGGACCAGAGUACCCCUGCCCCACCCUUGGCCCCAGCCCCUCCCAGGCCCCGCUGGGGCAGCACGGACAGCCUGGACCUGGACGCUGGGGAAAACGAGAAGUUCGCGCACAUGCUGAGCGUUAACGAGGAGCUGCAGGCCCGCCUGGCCCAGGGUGCCCGGAGCCCCCGGAGCUCCAAUCGAUCACCCGGCCCGGUCCGUCCGACCCCGGAAGCCCCGCUCAGCCCCCGCUCCCCAGCCCUUCAAGUCCGCGCCUGGCUUCAGGCCAAGGGCUUCAGCCCCGGGACCGUGAGUGCUCUGGGCGUCCUCACUGGCGCUCAGCUUUUCUCUCUAAAGAAGGACGAGCUGCAGGCAGUGAGCCCAGAGGAGGGUGCCCGGGUCUACAGCCAAGUCACCGUGCACCGAGCAAUGCUGGAGGACUCGGAGAAGCUGUCGGAGCUGGAGGCGGUGAUGGAGAAGCAGAAACGGAAGGUGGAGGGGGAGGCGGGCGGGGACGCGCUGUGACCCGCCCCCUCCCACCCGGGGCCUCCUUGGGGGCGCGCUGAGCCCCGCAGCCCUGCCCAGACGGACGGGUCCUCCCUCGCCCUCUCUCCCGGCCUCGGCCCCACCGGCUCCGCCCAGCGCACUCCUGAUUGGCUGAGGGCGGGAGGGGCGGGGCCACCGAGCCGGGAGUAGGGAAUAAAGCGCGUGGCGUCUCCAGUGGGGUCGGGUUUUGUGGCGGGGCCGGCGCCCACCGCGUCCACUCCCCGCUCCUCCUUGGUGGCCUGCUCUGGGUCUACACUGCCUCCCCAGCUCAGCGAGUGUUUGGGCGAAUGAUGCCCUCCCUGGGGCCGGUCACGAGGCCUGGGCUCCUCGAGCCCCGACGUGCUGUGCACCUGAACGAGCCACGAGCUGGAGGCCCAGCCCUCACCCCGGAGAGCAGCAGCACUCGGGUCUAGGCUCCCCCCACCAGCGGAGCCGCUGUCCCAGGCACAGGAGGCGCCACGCCCCACCCCACCCCACCCCACCCCCACCCGAGGACUGGACGAGCUGACCACCGGACAGCCACGUGUGACUUUGGGUGCGCCGCACCUCCCUGGGACCUCUCCUCCUGUCCUAGUGGCUAAACUAGACGGCCCCCGGGGUCCCGUUGGGCUCCCAAUCCGGAUUCUUCUAUUUCCAUUAAUGGGACACGCCACCCCCUUCCUACUGCCCUGCCAAAAAAAGCCUUCCACGUCCCGUCUCCUCCUCCACGCUCGUGAUAACGGCACACUGGCCAUGGCCCCUGCACGCCGUCUCCACCUCCUCAAGCAAAGCUAAUCCCCAAAGCUUUUCUCCAUGCGCGUCCCCCUUGACCCUGUUCAAAUCCUCUUCUGGAUUUCCCCGCUCCUGCUCGGGGGCACGACCACCCUCCCAGCCAUCCUCAACUCCCUCCGACAGCCCACGGUCAAUCUAACUGAACCUCCCAGACGGGGAGGGGCCCUCACCCCUUCCCACCCGCACUACUGCAGUGGCUGGGGCGGGGCGGGGUCUGCCCGCCACCCUCCCUUCAGCUGUGAUCUUCCUGAGGUGUGGGCAUUUCCACCGAUCCUUCCUCCAAGCCCCAGCUAAACUCCACCUUGUACGUCUAAGAAGCCUUCCCCAUGCCCCUCAAUGCCCCGGGCCCCCUCCGACAUCAUGUCCAACGGGCACCCCUGUCAGAUUGGGAGCCCUUGAGGACAGCUGCUGCCUUUGCCUUCCCGUGUAUCUACAGUGCCGAGCACACAGCAAGUGCAUAAUAAAUGCUGAUUCUUCGGGGCCAA